AUGCUUUUUUGCUACGUUACGGUGCAGCAAUUGAAGCACCCCAACCUUGUGAACUUGAUCGAGGUGUUCCGGCGGAAGCGGAAGUUGCACCUAGUGUUCGAAUACUGCGAACACACCGUCCUAGACUUCCUGGACAAACAUCCAAAAGGCGUUCCAGACGCGCUUACGAAGAGGAUGAUAUUCCAGACGCUACAAGCCAUCAACUUCUGCCACUCGCAUAACUGCAUUCACAGGGACGUCAAGCCAGAGAACAUCUUGCUCACCAAGGAUGGGAUUGUCAAGCUUUGUGACUUUGGCUUUGCUAGGACGCUAAGUCCAGGAGAGAACUACACGGAUUACGUCGCCACCCGCUGGUACCGGGCGCCCGAGCUGCUGGUGGGCGACACCCAGUACGGCCCGCCUGUCGACGUCUGGGCUGUGGGCUGCGUCGCCGCCGAGCUGAUGCGUGGCGAGGCGUUGUGGCCCGGAAAGUCGGACGUCGACCAGCUGUACCUCAUCCGCAGGACACUUGGCGAGCUCAUACCCAGGCACUUGCAGAUCUUCAAAACCAACGACUUUUUCGCGGGGGUCAGCAUUCCGGACCCGGAUGUAGUCGAGUCCCUACAAUCUGCAAUACCAGCCGCCGUAGACACUUUCGGUAUCGAUUUCUUGAAGAAAUGUCUUGACAAGGACCCUGCCAAACGAUGGACGUGCGAGCAAUUGCUGAAGCACCCGUACCUCGCCGACUGCAAAGCUUCGGAGGUGGAUGUCGAGGACAACGUUCGAAUACGAAGAGAAAAGUCGAGGAACGGUGCUCAACACCAGUCCUUAUUUCCACACCUUCCUGGACACUCCGGCAGUGGCUACCCGACGCCAGACAUCCGGGCAUCGCACUUGCACUCCCGACAUUCGCAACCGCUGCAGAGUCAGCAGUCGCAGCAGUCAUCUUCUCGCAAGUUCGACCACUUGCCAAACAUCUGACGCCUAGGCCCCGGGACACUCUACCACUCGGUCCCAAAGUCCUUCACCGGAUGGUCCUGGAAGUAGUCCCGAGGCUGAGGCUGGCACAAUUUCUGUAAUGAUGUGCGCUGUC